AUCUGAAAUAAAGAGUCACCCUGUUCCUCCCCCUCCCCAUAUGGUUGGUAAUUCAGCCUCGUUUUGAAAUAGCGCCAAAUCGCUAAUGGCGGCCAGAGGAAAGAAGAAAAUUGUGAGUGCCACCGUGGAUCAUUUUUGUUCCAUUACUGGUGUCACUGCCGAUGUUGGAGAACGGAUGAUAGAAGCAUGCAACGGGGAUCUCCAAAUGGCUGUGGAAAUGCACAUGGAUGGAAACACUAGCAUUAUGCUUCCCAAUUCCGAAAAGGGAAGUACAAGUACAAAAUCAAGUAUUUCAAAUAACACUGAUGAAGUUCGAGCACCAAUUCCUCAAAAAAGAGAAAUUCUUGUUGAAGAUGCACCUGUGUUUGUCCAGAAGAUGAUGAAUGCCGACUCCAUAGGCUUUCGGGGAAGAAGACCAGCAAAGUCUGUUUUUGAUGGCUUCCGAGAUUUCCAGGCAGAGGCACGUCAGCAGGAGGAGAUGCUACAUCGUAGUUCCACAAUAACAUCAAAACACCAAACAUUGGAAGAUCUGUUUCGGCCCCCUAUUGAUCUCAUAUUUAAGGGAACUUUUGCCAGUGCCCGGGAAGAAGGAACCAACCAAAACAGAUGGUUGAUGGUUAACAUUCAAAAUGUUCAGGAAUUUGCUUGCCAAACUCUCAACCGAGAUGUCUGGAGUAAUAGUGCUGUUCGAAAUAUUGUGAAGGAGCAUUUCAUAUUGUGGCAGGUAUAUCACGACAGUGAAGAGGGUCGCAAAUAUAUGCAAUUUUAUAAAGUGAAUAUUUGGCCAUACAUUGCCAUUCUUGAUCCUCAAACAGGUGAAAAAUUAGUGGAAUGGAACAAGUUGGAUCAUAGCAAAUUCUGUGAAUAUGCAGCUGAAUUUUUAUCCCUCCACCCAUCCUUAGAUGGCAGUGUCAGCCCUCCACAUAAGUCUUCAAAACAGGAAAUGAGUAUUGUGGAUGCAAGCGAAGACGCUCAACUGCAAGCAGCAAUCAAAGCAUCUCUGGAACAAGAUGCACAUUCUUCGGAAUCUGACGGUUCAGGGUCAGAAUACGACAUUGAUUUGGAGACCUUUACUGGCUCAGAAGAGGAGAGCGUACCAUCUCCAGUCAAACGGAUUAAAACAUCUGAAAGAAAGUCGCAUGGCAGCUCAAACUUGCUUUCUAAAUUAGAAAAAGUAUCCGAAUCUAAGAACAAAUCAAAACGUGUGCCGUGUACUCAGUCUUCGAGCUCCAGUGCCACGGUUUAUAAGAGUUUAACUACUUUGAAAUCACCCAUCUUUUCAUCUUCACAAACCACUGAAUUACCAUGUUCCAGUAAACAGUCAACAGCUACAACAACGGCAUCAACAACAGCGUCGAGCAAACAAGACAGCACAGCCAGUAGUAGCAGUAGUAGUAGUAGUAGUUGGAAGGCAUAUCUAGGUUCUAAAGAUGAUCCUGUCACAAAUCUAAUGAUUCGGUUUCCUGAUGGCAACAAACAACAGUUAUCACUUCCUUGUACGUCACCAUUGUUGGCUCUUGAAAAAUUUGUAAAAGAGAAAGGAUAUUCAAAUGAAAAAUAUGAACUAAUUACUAACUUCCCUCGUAGAAAAUUAUCAACUUAUGACAGAAAUCUUUCUCUGAAAGAUGCUGGUCUUUUCCCUCAAGAUACUGUUUUUGUCCAAGAGAGAUGAUCUUCAGCUGAUGAUUGGAAACCCAAACCACACACAAUUUGCAUUGACAAUGUCAAAGCAAAUCACAUGAUCGUCCCUGGGUGGCUUUGAACUGAACACUUUUAGUAGUAACAUAGCAGACCUGGGACAAGUUAAAGAAAUAUAAAGACAACAUUUCAUUCUAAAAGAAAGAGAAAUGAAGAUUUUUUAAAAAAUAAAAUCCAUUUCCGUUUUUCAAAGAAAUCUGGUCAGUUACAUUGAUUUGGGAGGGGGGGAGUUCAAAUUUCAAAUAACAUGACCAACUUUUUUUUUUUUAUUUUUUAACAAUGGUAAAAUCUUUCUUCCAAGUUGUCUUAAAAUCUAACUUCGUGCUGCCGGGCCCAAGUUCUACCUAAAAGAAAGUUUAUCUUUAUGAUCCUGUUGUUGUAGCAGCAAGACCAUAAAACAGUAAAUAUACUUUUGUGUUCGUUCGGUAAUUUAUUGGCCACAAAUGAAAGAUUACUUGAAGCUAAAAUGGGAGAGAAAGUGAGCUUUAGAAAAGAAAAUUAUUAAAAAAAAAAAUCUGAAAGCAAAGAGCCAAAUAAAAAUAAAACGAACAAAAUGUGCAAAUUUAUUGUUGGGAUCAAUUACUAUUUCUUGCAACAAAAAUUGCCAAUAAGUUAGCUUUUCGAUUAAAAAAAAAACAAACAAAAAUCAGUCAAUUCUGUGCUGGCUGAAAGCCUUCACUCACUCCUGGACAGUAUUCGGUGCUAAUGUAGCAGAAUAUAAAACAGAGAAGCUGAUGGACUUCAUCUGCUGUCUUAGAUACCUUUAAACACUGCCUUGAUGUCAUCAUCUGUUGUUGAUUGAUAACAACAACUGCAGCAGUAUUUUCUAUAUCAGAAAUAUUUCCUCAGUU